AUUUCCCCACCGUCCUCCCUCCUCUCUCCCCGCCGCUCGCUGCUCCCAUACCCGCCUCCCGCUGCCGGGGCAGACUGGACUGGAGAUCUGCACUUGAUUCGCCUAUCUCGUCGAUCGACCAGGAAGACAGCAACGGGUUUGGAGAACCUCAAGAAGAGCCGAGAGAUGUCGCUAGGCUAUGCAGAGAAGCUGUCUUACCGAGAGGAUGUGGGCACUGUGGGCAUGCCUGAGAAGUUCGACUCCCCCAAACUCCUCCAAGGGAAGAUAGAAGAGCUUGCAGUUAUGGUGCAAAAGAGUAAGCAUCUAGUGGUGUUUACCGGAGCAGGAAUAUCAACUUCAUCUGGCAUACCUGAUUUCCGAGGCCCAAAGGGUGUGUGGACUCUGCAGCGUGCAGGAAAAGGUGUUCCUGAUGCUUCACUCCCAUUUCACCGAGCUGCUCCAACCUUGACUCAUAUGGCAUUAGUUGAAUUGGAAAGAGCAGGUCUCCUAAAGUUUGUCAUAAGCCAGAAUGUUGACAGCCUACAUUUGCGUUCUGGCUUCCCAAGGGAGAAGCUGGCUGAAUUGCAUGGGAAUUCUUUCAAGGAGGUCUGCCCAUGCUGUAAAACGGAGUACCUUCGUGAUUUUGAAAUAGAGACAAUAGGACUGAAGGAUACUCCAAGGCGUUGUACAGACAAGAACUGUGGAGCUAGAUUAAAAGAUACAGUUCUUGAUUGGGAGGAUGCGUUACCCCCUGAGGAGAUGAAUUCUGCCGAGGAGCAGUGUCGAGCAGCUGAUCUUGUCCUAUGUCUAGGAACUAGCUUGCAGAUUACUCCUGCAUGUAAUAUGCCUCUGUUGUCAAUCAAGAAUGGGGGAAAGGUUGCUAUUGUUAAUCUUCAGGCAACUCCGAAAGACAAAAAGGCAAGCCUUGUCAUCCAUGGGCUUGUGGAUAAGGUCAUUGCUGGAGUGAUGUGCAUUCUGAGUCUGCGUAUUCCUCCAUAUAUACGUACUGACUUCAUUCAACUUCUUCUUCGGCACACAGUCAAAAAGAAAUGUGUAAGAUGGACAAUGCGAGUAACUAGUGUUCAUGGCAUGCGAGCACCAUUGUCAUUUCUUCGGUCAAUUGAGGUUUCCUUUCCAGACAGAUCUGACAUGAAGCCUGUAGUUCUUAUGGAGCAACCAUUUUCUUUGCAGAGGGAAACAUCAAUGACUAGCAUAUUUUCCAUGUUGCUGACAUUGAACUUCAGUGAUGGUUGUGGCUGCUCAAGCUCAUCAAUUGAAUGCCAUGUUAAUUUCCAGAAGCAAAAGGAGAGCUUUGUUAGGGAUAGAAUCCUAGUCCUGCAGGAGAUGAAGUGUACUGCAGAGCGCCAGUCUCGUGCCGGGCAGCAAUCGAUUCUUGAAAGGGAGAGUCUGCCAAGAGCAGAGACAUCUAUACACGCGUUUGUGACCAACAUUAUCAGGUACGACGCUGAAGAUCCCAAGGGUAGUUGGAUGAACAGCGGCAGCAGUACCAGCAGCAACCUUGCAAAACGGCUUGUGGAGGGCGCUAGUGGCUACUCAGCGUCGACAAAGAAGCUGAAGUGCUAGAACCGGCUGCGUCAGGUUUUCUGAUCUUUUUGUUUGUAGUAGUUAUCUGACUUGGUACAUGCGUGAGAAGUUUACAGACUUACAGUAGCAAGAGUGGUGCAAAGAGUUAGAUGAAUGGGUGAAGGGAAGGUGGAACAUCUUUUCGUUGACAGCAAAGUGCCCAAAAAUGGGAACUGGUUGAGUCUUGAAUCUUGAUUGUAUCUUUUUUUUUCUUGUUAAGCUCUCUCAAAGUUGAGAAACUUGUGAAAUGUACAUUGACAUCAUGAUAUCCAAUUGGAACCGAA